AUGGCCUUUCCUGUGCUUGCGUUGGCUUGUGCGCUGCAGCUGUGUCUCCAUGUGAUUGCUCACGACAACGACAGUGACUAUUCUGGAGGCCCUCGUACUGACAGCGAUGCCCCCGAUUGUGAUGGACUUGAGAAUGAGCCUGCGUUGAUUUUGCAGGGCGUGGAACACGUUUACCCGGAGUCGGGCCCGACCGGGUCUACCUCCGGCGCUGCACCAGUGCCCUCCGCGCCCGCCCUGGCUGGCCAGCAGGUUCAUCGCUUCUGCGACAAUGGUGGGCGCUGGGACGCCCAUGUGACGACUGCUUCACGUUCGACUGCCAUGCAUGAUCCGGCUGCGGUUCUGAGCCCGUCGGCUUUGCGCGCUGCGUGCCGCAGUCGUUCUCCUCGUGGUAGUGGUCCGGUGCCUACCAGCCUUCCAGCUGUGGGUGUCAAUGACCCUGGCUCCUGCCAUGCAUUCCUCCGGACAGAGGCUUGGGCCGCGCUGGUGGCCAGGGUGGAUAUUCUCGAGAAUCAUGUUGGGCUCUCAGUAGGCCCAGCCGAGCCGCUUGCUGCAAGGUCUGCGCCCGUGACUGACCUCGAGCUCUCCCGCGCGACUGUAGUCCGGCUGCUGCAUGAGAUGUGCUCCAUCAGAGUCGAGGCUUUCACUGGCUUCUUGGCUGCCGAUUUUGAGAGGCUGCUGCGUCUCUGCUUGGUGACCGCGAAGUUAGCUCGCCUGGAUUCCCUGGAUCAAGCUCUUCUUCAUCCUCUUCUGACUGGCGCGCGGCUCUGUUUGGUCCCAGACACUCCUCCACGCUGA